UAUAAAUUUGGAUCCAAUAUGGCAGCCUCAACAACAACUUCAUUCUGUUAUUUAUACUAACAUUUUGUCAAUAUUAAGGAAAUAUGCUAUCACAGGUGCUGGCAAUUGGAUGGACUUGACUGUGUAACGAAGGAUGUGUAGUUCAGAAACUGCUGUUACUGGAAUGUCCUGCACAUCAUCAACAGCGUCUUCCAGCAAUAUGGCACAAUCUAAUAAUAUUAAUAAUAAUAAAAAUAAUAAUAGGAUAUUGAGUGUUCAUGAUUUCUUGUGGCAUGUCAAGUUUUUCCUUGUCAUGAUUAAACCUAUGGAGAGCAUGAUGACCAACAUCUUUGACAUCGUAAGGUGGAAGUCUUGGGUUGUCUCCAGCAGUGUUCUACUGGUAGCCAAUAUGACUGCAUUGCUAGCAACAAGAGGCGAUAUAUUCUUCCUGUUGUUUCUGGGUAUGUCUGCACUGGCACUCCUAGGUUUCAUCAACUUCAAGACUGGAAUCUUUAAGAAGUACCUUCCCGAUACAAGUCACAUACAGGUGGUUGAUGAAGAGAAAGACGGGGAAGGGAUUCGCGACCCAAUACUGGUGGAGUUUUGCUCCGUUCUGAAAAAGCUCGACGACGUCAUAAUUGAAACCAACGCUUGGAUGGAGUUUAUAUUCCAAGUGUUGGAUUGGACGAAGCCUAAACUAUCACUGGCGUACUAUGGGUCAGCAGUGUUGUUCCUAUCAGCUACCAUCUGGCUCCCUGACUGUGUUGUUGGCAUGCUUGUCAUCAACAUUGUUAUGUUUACUGGAUUGGGCGUAGAGAUGCACUUGAGACCCAGCUGUCCCAAAGUAGACAUUAUGUGUGACAAGAAUACUGGGAAGUGCAAUGAUGAGAAUCUUGAUAAGGAGGAAGCGGGCAAGCAGGACGUCGAUGCGGAGAAUUCAAGCGAUGCACAGCUCACAGACACCGAGAAACUCAUCGAAGAGUUGAAUGAAGACAUGGAAGAGGAAGCGGAGAAACUCAUGGAGGCGGUGGCGACAGAUAGUGGUGACACGACACUAGAUACUUCUGCUGACCUCGUCCAGCCAGCAGAUGUAGAACAGCCAGAAGAGCCGAGUGUUGAGGCAAGUGGCAAGCAGACACUUGUACGCAGACUAGUUGAGCUGAGACAGCGGCACCGCCAUCAUGCAGCCAACCUUGGCAGCUGCACUAGCUGCAGCACUCCCUUCUCCAUUAUCAAACGCCGAUAUUACUGCCGGCAUUGUGGAAAUCAUUUCUGCUCACGCUGCUGUUCCAACAAAGUUCCAAGAUCUCUGUUUGGUGCAACUG